AAUAGGGUUUCUUUGCAGUAACUAAGCAUUGACAUUUUUUUUAUUCAAAUGCCUUAUGAAGACAAUAUAAUCAAAAGCAUUUUAUGUGAGAAGAUGAUGACGGUCUUGAAUUUUAUAUUUGGAUUAAAGGAAAUUACAAACUUUUUAAUAAGAGCAGAUUUGUGUAAUAAACCUUUAAUUACUUACGAGGAAUACCAGGCUAAUUUUGCAAAGACUGGACUGGAGGGCAGAGGCAGAAAGUUACCAUGCAGUUUUACGUAACCAAGUAUUACAAAUAGGCCUACUUCCAUUUCAUGCUACAAUGUACUUUUCACUUAACUAUUUGAAAACAUAUACUCACUAUAGUUCAGACUAUUAAUACAAAAUGUAUAUCCAUUAUCACAAAUCUUUUACAUAAAUACUUAGGGGGAAAUUGGUACGUUAAAGGUGCUCUUAUACAUAAGCCCAAAUAAAAAUACAAAGGACUGUGUGAAAUGUAAAUAACUUAAAUAAUACUAGAACAUGUAAGUAAAUUUUGAAAUAUGGAACAUAAACUAGUGUGCGCAUCAAACACUAACAACCAUAGUGCAAACAAGCAAACCGCUGCGAAGAGGGAUCCAUUAAGUGUGUUAAAUAUAAAUCCAAGAAUACUACAAAUCGGAAGGAUUUUGGUGGGGCUUAAGCCUCUUUACCUUUACCAAUUGUCAACAUUUAAGUAAUGUAGCCUGAUAAUCCAAUGGGUACUUUUUGCACUUUAUGUCCUUUUGGACAGAAAUAUCUUCAAAUGCAGGACUUUGACUUGUAAUAGAGUGUAUAUUUGAAUUCUUGUAUAAGUGCACUUUCUUACGUGUACCUCCAGUGACAGUGCAGGGCCUCCACUGGAAGCCUCUCAGAGCAGCGGGGCUCCUUUAAAUCUCCUCCGAGGAAAAGGGGGAGGGGCCUAAGUGGCGGAAGCGCCUCUCUUCGUUUCCACACUUGUCAAAUGGGACGGUUUUUUUUCAACUGAAAGUAAAGUCCACAUCGGACUCAAUUUGAAGUGACCAAGUUGUUUUGUGUCGUGGAACUCGCUGGAUUCAAAUAAUGUCGGACUCCAUCAAAAACGUCGCGAUAUUUGGAGCCACGGGAAUGACCGGGCUGGCGACCCUCCCGCUCGCAGUGGCUGCAGGAUACAACGUGACGGUGCUGGUGCGAGACCCCACCAAGCUGCCCGCCGACCACAAGGCCGCCAGAGUGGUGGUGGGAGACGUGCUCAACCAAGAGGACGUGAAGAAGACGUUGGAGGGGCAGGACGCUGUUGUCAUCAUCCUGGGCACCAGAAGCGACCUGAGCCCGACCACCAUGAUGUCCGAAGGCACUAAGAACAUCAUUGAAGCCAUGAAGGCUCGUGGGAUCUGCAAGGUGGUCGGCUGCAUGUCGGCCUUUCUGCUGUGGGAUCGCUCCAAGGUCCCCCCCCGGAUGCUUCCUGUGACACAGGACCAUGAGAGGAUGCACGAGCUUCUGAAAUCAUCAGGGCUGGACUACGUGGCCGUCAUGCCUCCUCACAUUGCUGGUGACCUCCCUCUGACCGAGAGCUACCUGGUGGCCGAGGGCAUGCUGAAGGGAAGGGCCAUUUCUAAACACGACCUGGGACACUUCUUCGUCAAGUGUUUGUCCACCACAGAGUGGGACAGAAAGACCGUCGGAUUGUGGGGAGAGUAUAAAUAAUCGUCUGGAGAGGGAGGGGGCUUUGAAUAUCUUCGAGAUUGCCUUUCUGAAGAGAAAAUCAAUGUCAAUAAUGAGAAUGUUGGAGAUAAAUGACCAGCAGUACACACGAAGAUAGAAAUGACCAGCUUGAUGUGAUAAACGACAUAGUAUGCCUCCCUCUGUCUUUUUAGUUAUUUUCAUCAUAGUAUAAAGCACUGAGGACACAGUGCUGCUUUCUGUGGCUGUUUACACAGCUUCACAGCUUUUCAGUCAUCUCGCCCCCUGCUUUUUUGUUAUAGCUGUUGAAAAUCAAAUACUUUGUUGUGCUGAAAGAGUGAUGUGUCGGCUAUACAUUUUAUAUUAAUAUUGUAUAAUCUACAUCAUAAUUCAACUUUGUGAAAAGUACAAGAGGAAAUCGGAUAGUGUACACCUCCUCAAUUAGUACUGUUGCUGUUAGAAUUGGUCGAAUUAAAAGAUACUUCAGUGUAAAGGACUUUUAGAAUUGAUUGAUAAUCUUUACUUCAUUAGAUUAAGCAACACAACAGCCGAUGUUGGUACAUCAGUAGUGUCACCUUUUACUUAGAUGAGCACUUAUUUAAAAAGAGUAAUCUCUCUGUGAUGAAAGGUUGUUCUGAAAUGAAAGAAAACUUUACAUUAAAGAAUCUCGUAUGACCCCCCCCCCGGGAAAUCGGGAAAGUUCAUGAAUCAAUAGUUCUAAGAAAUACCAUGAAGAAAAAAAACAUAGUAUCAUAAUGCAUAUUUCUGGAAACAUCAGAGCCUUGGUACAAGGAUAUUAUCGCGGUUUGGACAUGCUCCAAGCACAACUCACGCAAUAAAAAUAUUCUUACAUA